CGGCGGCGGGAAGAUGCUGCAGUCCCUGGCCGGCAGCUCGUGCGUGCGCCUGGUGGAGCGGCACCGCUCGGCCUGGUGCUUCGGCUUCCUGGUGCUCGGCUACCUGCUCUACCUGGUCUUCGGCGCCGUGGUCUUCUCGUCGGUGGAGCUGCCCUACGAGGACCUGCUGCGCCAGGAGCUGCGCAAGCUGAAGCGGCGCUUCCUGGAGGAGCACGAGUGCCUGUCGGAGCCGCAGCUCGAGCAGUUCCUGGGCCGAGUGCUGGAGGCCAGCAACUACGGCGUGUCGGUGCUCAGCAACGCCUCGGGCAACUGGAACUGGGACUUCACCUCCGCGCUCUUCUUCGCCAGCACGGUGCUCUCCACGACAGGUUACGGCCACACGGUGCCCUUGUCGGACGGCGGGAAGGCCUUCUGCAUUGUCUACUCCGUCAUCGGCAUCCCCUUCACCCUCCUGUUCCUAACGGCCGUGGUCCAGCGUGUCACCAUCCAUGUCACCCGCAGGCCUGUUCUUUACUUCCACAUCCGCUGGGGCUUCUCCAAGCAGCUGGUGGCCAUCGUGCACGCCGUGCUCCUGGGCUUUGUCACCGUGUCCUGCUUCUUUUUCAUCCCGGCGGCCGUGUUCUCCAUCCUGGAGGAUGACUGGAACUUUCUGGAAUCCUUUUAUUUUUGUUUCAUCUCCCUGAGCACCAUUGGCCUGGGGGAUUAUGUUCCUGGAGAAGGCUACAAUCAAAAGUUCCGCGAGCUCUAUAAGAUCGGGAUCACGUGUUACCUGCUACUUGGCCUUAUUGCCAUGUUGGUGGUUCUGGAAACCUUCUGUGAACUCCAUGAGCUGAAAAAAUUCAGGAAAAUGUUCUACGUGAAGAAGGACAAGGACGAGGACCAAGUGCACAUCAUUGAGCACGACCAGCUGUCCUUCUCCUCCAUCACGGACCAGGCCGCCGGCAUGAAGGACGACCAGAAGCAGAACGAGCCCUUUGUGACCCCGCAGUCGUCUGCGCAGUCCGACAGCCCCACGAGCCCCUGAGGGCAGGGCUUCGUCCAUGUGUGAGAAUGUAAGAGCCAAGGUGAUGUUUUAACAAAUACCUACUGUUGGCAAUAUUCAAAACGACACAGGAAAAAUGGGACAAAGGAAGCUUUUGCUCUGGACAAAUAAUACCUGAGGAGAUGGGAUAUGCACCUGUAAUUCACAUGCGACAAAAUGAUCUCGACUUGACUGAUAGGCGAAGAGUACUUGAAGCAGCGUGCUGCUGUGGGUAGAAGUCGAUUUUAUACUUUUAAUUGGGGACUUGGGGAUUUGCACUUAGAUCAUUUUAGCUGACGGCUAACUAGCAAGAUUUAUACUUAAAAGCAAAUAAAAAGCAUAGAGAUGUGUUUUAUAAAUAAGUUUAUGUGUACUGGUUUGCAUGCGCCCAUCAAAAAUUAUUUUUGUAGAGUCUAAGUUAAACCUACUAUUUAUAAUGAAUAGGUAACCAUUAACUGUGUACAUAUAAAAUAUAAAUAUGUUUAUAUCCUAUAUAUACGGUUCCGGUCACCAGAUCUCAGCAUACUUCUUAACCCAAGAUUGUAGAUAUUUUUUGUUUUGAUUUCUCUUUAUACUAAAGAAUCAAGACUUGCUGCAAUAAAAUAAGAGGAAUUAAAGAGUAAAUGGCUAUAGUAUUCUGCUACAAUAAAUGUUUCUGCUCUCUUGCAAAAGUGCGAUAUCAGAUGUCUAAAUGAUUAAAGCAUUUCUCUGGAGGUGAACGAAUCAAGUCGAAUAUUAGUUAAAAAGGUUAAGAUGUUUUGUUUUAAAAGUGCAUUGUGAUUUGCAGUCACCUAGUACUACAGCCCAGAUAGUGACCAUAGAACCCCCAAAUGAACAGAUUCUGUCAAAUUACUCUGAGAAUCUUUAAAUUUAUAAGCUGGAAUAAAUAAAACUCAUAGCCGGUUGCA